AUGGCUAGCAUAUAUUUCAACGCAACUCAGCAAUGGAUCGGUGUGCAGAAGCUGGCAAACGGUUCAUGGAGUUACCAAGAUCACUCGGCGUUAACCUAUCGAAAUUGGGCACCUGAUGAGCCAAGAAACGCAUCUGGCUACAAUUGUGCCCUAAUGACGACGGAAAAUCUUCGUUGGUCGGCCGCCGAUUGCUCGCAACCACGACCGUGUUUUUGUGUACUUCCGCCUCUACCUACCACAAUUCAAACAACUCUGCCGCCUCUCAAAACUACACCUCUUCCAUUUUGUACUCCCGGUUACCAAUAUUUCGAUGGGACCGGCUAUUGUUAUUACAUACGCCCAUACGACGUCAUAAUGGGAACGGUGUACAGUUUUUCCGAAGCUGAAUCAUAUUGUCGAGAGGAUGGAGGCCAUUUGGCAUCAGUGCACUCAGCUCAUGAAGAUGACUAUGUUUACAAUAUGACCCCGAGGGACGAAGUGUCUAAGUGCGCGGAGAAUCACUAUGUGUGGCUUGGAUUGGACAAUGGAGACGGAAAUGUCGGAAGUGGAAGAUGGACUGAUGGAACACCCGUCGAUUACUCGUUCGGAUAUUUGGGUGGCACUGGAUAUUUGGGGAUACCAAAAGCUUCAACCUACUCGGGUGAGGCUUGUUCAAGUAAAGUCUACGAUUGGUACAGUACAUGGGUCAAUCACAAAUUCGGACGUUUCAUCUGCAAGCAGCGGCCACUGAGU